CCAACAAGUGUUCAGCAGAGGGGAAACAAGCUGCAGGAAGAAGAAGAAGUGAUGGAGCACUCCAAGCAGACACAGUACACCUCUAAUGAGAAGACAGACAGCGGGGACAGCGGCUCCGUGCUCAACGGACACUUUGACGGGAUGGUGAAGCGGCCAGCCGGCGGCACCGGGCGCGCCGCCGCUCCGCAGCCUCCGGGCGCCGAGUCCGGCUCGCACCGGCCCGCCGCCUCGGUGAUGGAGAGCUGGAGGGAGGAGCGCACCAGGAGCGUGGAGGACAACGAGAUGAGCCUGCCGUCCCUGGCCGCAGCUUACACCACCAUCCUGAGGGGGCUCGGGGAGGACCCGCAGCGGCAGGGGCUCCUCAAAACGCCCUGGAGGGCCGCCACCGCCAUGCAGUUCUUCACCAAGGGCUACCAGGAGAAAAUCAUCGACGUGCUGAACGACGCCAUCUUUGACGAAGACCACGAUGAGAUGGUGAUCGUCAAAGACAUCGACAUGUUCUCCAUGUGUGAGCAUCACCUGGUGCCCAUCUUCGGCAGGGUUCACAUCGGUUACCUCCCCAACAAGAGAGUCCUGGGUCUCAGCAAGCUGGCCAGGAUUGUUGAAAUCUACAGCCGUCGACUACAAGUUCAGGAGAGGUUGACCAAACAAAUCGCCGUGGCGAUCACCGAGGCUCUGCAGCCCACCGGCGUCGGCGUGGUCAUCGAGGCAACUCACAUGUGUAUGGUGAUGCGAGGAGUUCAGAAGAUGAACAGUAAAACCGUCACCAGCACCAUGUUGGGAGUUUUCAGGGAAGAUCCAAAAACCCGCGACGAGUUUCUGACGCUGAUCAGGAGCUGAGGAGGACGAAGCUCCUCCUCUUCCUCCUCCUGUUGCCUGGGGUUACCUCCACCUGUGUGUAUGUGUGUGCGUGUGUUUGUGUGUUUUCAUCUCACCAAAGGCAGUGACAGAGCGUUUGCUGUGUUUUUUCGGUCCGACUCAUUUUAAUCAUCAGAUAAGGUGAAGCAUUGCCGCGGUUACAUGUUGUUUAGUGGCAGACUUUAACCUCGUGUGUUUGUGCUUAUUGAUCAAAUAUCAGUCGUUGGCCUUGAAAUACAGAAGGAGGGUUUAACAGGAAGAAUCCACCAUGAAAAAAAUUAGUUUAAAGGAGCUGCAAAUACAGUAAAUAAACUGCAGGCGAAAUGCGUCCAAUUAUGAGAUUUACAGUAAUAUUUUGUUUCAGAGCCCAGCUAUCUAUAAUAACAGGUCAGAAGUUUUUAUAUAUUACUGCAAAUGUGCAAAAAACAGAAACAUAUAAAUAACUGAAGCCGCAUUCACAAAACAUCAGGAGGCUAAAAGCAGCUGCUAACUGCUCGAGUUCAAGGAAAACACAAAAGAAACCAAAAAUAAAAGGUCCACAAAGCAUUUUAGCUUUAAAAGAGAGACGUCAGAGCUGAACUGAAAAGUCAAUGGAGUUGAUGAGGUCAAACAUUAAACAUAUUGUCUUUGUGCUGUUUUCAGGUGAGUUUAUGUCAAAAAGAAUCAGCAGAUUAUCACAUUCUGUUUUAUUCAUGCUUUACACGGCGGCCCACCUGAUUUGGAAUCAGGUUUUAAACCUUUUCACGUGUGUUUGAUCGUAUUGUUUAACGCUCUGUCACACCUUAAAAAACUCUUCUCCUUUUAUUCACGCCCUUUUUGUUUAGCUAAGAUUAUCAGCUGAUUUAAAAGUAGAAUUGACACCAUGAAGAAACAAAAACAACGACCUGAAUAUCAACAUGAUGGAACGUUUGGUGCGGAAUCAUCAGGGGAAACAUGACCAGACACGAGUCAAAAGACACCAGUAAACUUGUUUAUUGACGUAACGUAUCACUGUUCUGGCUGGGUGGAAGGAUCCGCCUGUUUGUGCCAACUCACCUCUCCGUUAAAACCAAAAGAACGACUUCACGGUGACGAGACGAGGCAACCGGGCCAACGCCGGGCUGCUGACUCACCGAAACCCAACGUUUGCAUUUUCAUUUUCAUGAGAGGAGAUUGUGUGUGUGUGUGUGUGUACGCAGAUGAACAUGAACAGUGUGGAGACAAGUGUGUGUGUGUGUUGUUAAGUGACUUUGUCUUUUCUUGUGUAGCAUUUUUGCAUUUCAAUGUCCCCAGACUGAUUUUGGGAAGUUUUACCUUGUUUAUUGUGGUGUGUGCGCGUGUGUGUGUUUGCAUGUGUGUGUGUGAGAGAGAGUAUGCAAGCUUGUGUGUGUGUGUUUGCAUGCAUGUGCUUGUGUGUGUGUGCGCGUGUCGGAGGGAGAUGAGCGCUAACUUACGGCUCUGUUGUUCUUGUGGCCUUGUUGAGAAGGACGGCCUGUUCUUUGGCCUCUUCACCAUCAUUGUCACUUUAUGUACUGUGUUCAUUUCAAAUACUUUUUAAUCAAAGAAAAUAAAUCUA